GAUAAAUUAUGCAGUGCUGAGAUGACUAUCAGUUUGGUGGAGGAUGAAAAGGAGAAACAGCUUCAGGAUGAUAUCAUUAUGGGUGAAAUAAAAAAUCAACCGUUUCUGUCCUUAAAUAAAACAGGUUCUCUUGAGGAUGCUUUGGUUGAAGUUGCAAGCAAUCCUAACAAAGUAGUUUCUACGGGGACGACCUAUCUUGCUGAUUUUUACUUUUCAGUCAACCAAACAACAUUUGCUGGUGAAACAUCAAAUGAGUUGAAACUGGAGAAAGUAUUGGAUUUAGAAUCAUCAUCAAGGACUGAAAAUGUUGUUAACUAUACAAGUUACAAAAUGGAAGUUAAAGAGGACAAAAAUCAUGCUCCAGAGGAUCACAGUUCAAUGCACUUAGAAGAUACCAACAUAACUGCUGCUGAACCAGUUCAGGAGGUAGUUGUCUGGGAAAGUGACAAAAUUGAAGUUAAGGAGGACUCACGUCUUGUUGAAGAGGAUCCGAUUUCACUGCAAUUAGAAGAUACCAACACAAUUGCAGCUGAACCAGCUCAGGAGGUAGUUUACUGGGAAAGUGAAAAAGAUGAAGUUAAAGAGGUUACGAUUCUUGCUCAAGGAGACCACAGUUCAAUACACUUAGAAGAUACCGACAUAACUGCUGCUGAACCAGCUCAGGAGCAAGUUUUCUGGGAAAGUGACAAAAUUGAAGUUAAAGAGGACACAAGUGCUGCACUAGAGGAUCAGAAUUUAAUGCAAUUUGAAGAUAUCAGCAUAACUGCUACUGAACCAGUUCAGGAGAGGAAUCUGAAGUUUCCUUGA